AUGCGGGCAUUACUUCAACUUCUAGCCAUAACUUCAACAACACUCGCCGCUUCAGUGAUCUCAAUCAAAGAUAUUGUAAAUCGUGAAACACCAGAAUUCGAGACAACUUUGAAAGAAAUCGAUUUCAGCCAAAAAGAAACUUUGGAACCAGCAGAUCUCAUUAAAUUAGGUAUCGAUGUGAAAUCGGAUCCGACGAUGGGCAAUAAAAUUGAGGGUGAUAUUGUCGCGGAUCCGGAGCCGGAAAAGAAGUCAAGCCGUACCACCCGGAAUGCUAUUAGACAGAAUUACAGGCGGUGGCCAAGCGGUGAGAUUCCGUACACCCUCUCCUCGCAAUACGGUACUUAUGCGCGUUCUGUCAUUGCUAAGGCGAUGAAGGAAUACCACGAUAAAACAUGCGUACGUUUCAUUCCUCGGGACGCUGCGAAGCAUAAUGACUACGUGUAUAUACAUCCUGACGAUGGCUGCUACUCACUGGUCGGUCGGACAGGAGGGCGUCAACCAUUGUCACUCGACUCUGGAUGCAUCCAAGUCGGAACAAUUGUUCACGAGUUAAUGCAUGCUGUCGGCUUCUUCCACGAGCAAAGCCGAUCGGACCGAGACGAUUUCCUCGAAAUUGUUUGGGGGAAUGUGAUGAAAGGAGCGGAUGAUCAAUUCGAAAAAUACACAAAUGCCGUGAUUGAUCAUCUUGGCGAGCCUUAUGAUUUUUCUUCCAUCAUGCAUUAUGGCCCAUAUGCAUUUAGUGGGAAUGGCAAAAAGACAUUACAACCUAAGAAGGGCAAUGCAGAGCGGAUGGGGCAACGUGUUGCCUUUUCUGAUAUUGAUGUCCGGAAAAUCAACCGGCUAUAUCAAUGUCCGGUGAAAAACCAAGUAAUUGGGAACUCUGUCCUCGAGACACAGCCGAAAAUCGAAGCAACCUCAAAACCGCAGCCAUUCCAGCCGAUCCAAAAUCGUAGCAACUUUCGCCUCGGCACCUUCAGUUCGAAGAGGAUUCGCAUUAUUAGUGGU